AUGGCGAGCCAAGUUCGGCGGCAUGGAGGUCUCCGAGGCCCGGCGACUGAAGCAACUGGAAGAGGAGAACAACCGGCUGAAACGGCUGGUGGCCGAUCAGGCGCUGGAUAUCCAGAUGCUCAAAGAGGUGGUCUCAAAAAACUGACGCGGCCCGACCAGCGCUGUGAUGCCGCCCGGCAGCUUAUCGUUCGGCACGGUAUCUCGGAACGUCGGGCCUGUCGCUUGUUGUUGGUAACGCGUAAGACCUUUCGCCGCAAGCCAGCGGAGGAUCGCAAUGCGGAACUGCGUGCCAGGUUGCGCGAAUUGGCCGAACAACGCCGGCGCUUCGGCUCGCCACGGUUGCAUGCCUUGCUGCGCCGGGAAGGCUGGGCCAUCAACCACAAGCGGGUUGAACGGAUCUACAAAGAAGAAGGCUUGUCGCUACGCUUGCGGCGACGCAAGAAGCGGCCAAGCCACCUUCGGGUGGUGCUGCCCAUGCCAGCGGGACAAGACCAGCGUUGGGCGAUGGAUUUCGUUUCGGACACCCUGUGGAACGGUCGCCGUAUCCGGGCGUUGACCGUGGUGGAUACCUGGAACCGUGAAUCGGUGUGGAUCGAGGUGGACCACUCGCUAUCCGGACGGCGCGUCGCGCGGGUUCUCGAUCAGUUACGUUGCGCCGGCCGUUGCCCAAGCCUGAUUCAGGUUGAUAAUGGACCAGAAUUUACCAGUCGAGCACUGGAUGAAUGGGCUUAUCGACACGGCGUGACGCUGCAAUUCAUCCGACCAGGUAAGCCUGUUGAGAAUGCAUUUAUCGAGAGCUUCAACGGGCGUUUCCGGGAAGAAUGUUUGAAUCAGUCGGUCUUCCAUCAUUUGCAGGAUGCAAGACAGACGAUUGAAGCGUGGCGGCAGGACUACAAUCAUGCCCGUCCACACAGUGCUUUGAAUUACUUGACCCCGGUCGAAUUCCGGGAGCAACACUUACCCCAACCGAGCCGGAUUGCUACCUAA